CAGUGGUGCCAUUUCUAGGGAAUCCUCCCUAGUUCUAGGGAGAAUUUACGAUGUUUUGUAGUUCUAGCGGCUUUUAGGGAAAUUCUAGGGAUUUUUUACCGUUUCAAAAAAAAGAUUAAUGAACAAUUAAAUUCCAAUCUAUAUUGCAAAAACAUAAACGGACCCUGUUAACAUAAUUGUUAAAUAAAACAGUAUACAGCUUUGUUAAUUACAAAUUACAAGGUGGGUUGCACUGUACAUCUUCUGUGUGAAUCGUGAAUCACCGGUAAGUUCUCCGCCACCGACGACUGUAUUACGCAUACCCAGUUCAAUAUUAAAGUGUGACGCGACGUUUUUGCGUGCGUUUAAUGUGAAUAUUAGGACGGUCAAAUUAAAAAAGAAUCUUUGUUCAAAGUUUUUAAGUUUAGUUUUAUGAUGAUGGAGUCCGAUACAGCAGAUAAAUCUGAUCAAAUUACAUACGAAUCGACUUUGAAAUGUGGGAAAUCCGAAUUGGAGAAACAUUUAGCAACUGAGAAACAUAAAAAAAAUCAUAUAAAAAAAAGAGGUGUUAUGUCACUAGACGCCUUUGUAGAGAAGAAGUCCGGACAUUCUCAAAAAGUAUCGGAGGCAGAAAUCAAAUUGUCCUCGUUUUUUGCCCACCACAACGCUUUUCAAGUGGUGGAUCAUCUGAUACCCAUUCUUAAAGACAGUUUCCCGGCUUCCAACAUAUUGAAGGAUGUGAAAUUGGGACGCACUAAAACGACAAGUGUGAUAAAUAAUGUCAUUGCUAAGAAAGAAAACGAAGAUUUGGCCGUAGUUUUGCAACAAAACUUCUUCAGCGUACUUAUUGAUGAAAGCACCGAUAUAUCGGCUAAUAAACUUCUAUGCGUGAAUGUAAAAUUUAUUCAUAACAGCGGCUAG